CUGGCUAUCCACCGACCAAGAAUAGGGAAGGAAGGAUGUGACACGGACGGAUGACACGGGCGGUGUAUGUUUUGUGCCUUGUGGCCGUCGAAAAAGUCGAAGCGUCAUCGUUUACCACCAGUGCGAAGCGUGUGCCGGAGCGUUCCACGGUUUGGUUUGUGCCGAAAUCGGUUGCGGUGUGGACGGUGCUGCAGUUUCUGCCGUUUGUGGCAAUUGUUGCAAACAACCCAAGGAAGAAGAGGUGGAAGAAGAACUAACGAGCACCAUCCCCCACCCCCUUCACGCACGCACGUGCAAUUGUGUGCGGGCUGUCCUUCCGGGCGAGUGUUUAGCCAACGACGGAAACGCAACUACCCCCCCCCCCCCCCCUCGACAAAGGGAGGGAGGAAAGGGGCCGUAUGGCAGGAUCGGAGCCGCCCGAAAAGCAGUAGUGCCCUUGGAGUGCAUUCGAGUGUGUGUGUGUGUGUGUGUGCGAUUCACAGGAAUAACGUCAUCCAGGAAGUGGUCCGCUAGCCAAGGAACGGGAGGAUAUCUCUUGCUCUCUUCAGAGUGCCCCCCCCCCCCUUCGAUGUAGGAACAACAGAUAAACGCACACGCACAAGCCACACACACACACAGUUAUCCACAAACAAGUAACAGUUUUCUUCCGUGUGUGGCAAGUGUUGACAGAACGCAACGUAGAAAAACCAAAAAAAAAAAACAAACAAACAACACGUCCUGUGUAGCAAACCCGGACACCGACAGUACCCCGCUCGCGUGUCGCUGUAGUGCGCUAGUGUCCGUGUGUGCGUGUGUGCCCCUUUUCCCUCCCCCUCCCUAAACGCGUGUGUAUUAUGUCAGCGGUCGUGCACUUUGCCCACGACGGGAUACUGUUCCUGCUGCUGAUCUACGGCAUCAUCGCGCUUGCAAAACCAGUGUCUGGAUCAUCGCUGGCGCUGUGUGAAGGCGGCCAAACAUGUCUUCCACCGAAGGAGUGCUGCGCCCAGGGCUGCUGCUAUCUGUACGCGCCGCCGGGCGCCCCCCGCAUCCCGAUGGCGAGCGGGGAUCACGUGCUCGGGCUGCUCUUCCUCAACCACUGGUACUUCUGGUGCUUCCUGUUUGCGGUCGUGCUCGCCCUGCUCUGCACCUGCUCGCUCUGGCGGCGGCGCCGCCAGCUGUGCGGCUGGGACGCGUCCGCCCGCCACUCGCAGUCCGAGGGCGAUUCGGCCGGCUCGUGCUACGCGCCGCCCCAGUACAGCCGCUGCAACUCGUUCCACAUACACGCACCGCCGCCUUACACGGAGGUUGCCUCCAAGCCGGACCUGUACCCGCUCGUGUUUAGCUACACCGAUCCGGGCAAGGGGAGCAGCGGGGCGAACUACCUGAUGGUGCAGUACUUCCGGAACUACAUCGUGCAGCCGGUCGGCAGCAUCUCCGGCACCAGCACGGUCGACUCGCUCAGCUCGAGCUUCAUCUGCAACGCGAACGAGGCGAACACGCUGGUGCCGCCGCCGUACUCGCGCGCCGCCAGCCCGGACCAGCUGACCGUCGCCUACCGGAACUACCUGCUGCCCCGGUCCGCCUCCCAGCAGGUCUGCCUUACCGCGUACGAGCGCACGGCGGUGGUGGCGGGCGCCCGCAGCCAGCCCGGCCCCGGCUACCACCACCAUCACCAUCACCACAGCCACCGGGACGACGAUUCCGGGCUGCUGCUACACGACCAACAGCAGCAGCACCACCACCAGCAGCAGCAGCAGCAUCGGGAUGAGUCGCCCCAUCCGGGCACGAUCAGCCACAGCAGCAACAGUGUGUCCCUGCUGGAGUGCGGCCCGGAACCGGAACCCAGCGAACGGGGCGGACCGAGCCAGCCGGGCGCCGGCCCCGACCCGCCCGGGGCCAACUGUGAUCGGCAGCGGGCCGGCGGGCUCGUCUGCAAGCACUGCUGCUCGCUCGGCGACAUUGCGAGCGAGCGGCGCGCGGACGGUGGGCCGGCCGCCGGUCCCGCCUCCACAAGAGCCUCGACACGUGCUGCCACGUGCUGCUGGACGAGUCGCUGGUGCACGCGGGCGGCCCGAGCGGCGGGGCGAAGCGUGGGGCGGCGCCACUCGGGCGCCGUCUCGAGCGUCGGCUCGAACGUGUCCAGCCUGGUCAAUCUGGAGGGGCCGGCGAGCUCGCCGCCCCGCGCCACCAGCCCGACGGCCGAGGUGCGCGAACUGCUCGAACAGAUACGCCAGCUGCACGGCGAGGAGGCCGGCGGUGGUGGUGGCGAGGGUGAGACCGGGCGAUCGGCCCAGCCGCCCGCUAGCUACCGGCGGCCGUCGUCGCUGGUCGGGCGGCGCAGCAAGCUGUUCGCGAAGGGCGGCCCGCCGCCGGGCGCCUCCCGCGCCAUGUACAUACCGGUUGCGUCCUGCGCGCCCCACACGGCCGGCGGCCAGCGGCUCCUGCGCAGCCCGGCCUCGAUGUCGAGCGCGGCGAGCAGCUUCCUCAGCCGCCAGCGCCACUGCUGGCUGUCCAAGUCGGCCCCGACCACGCCCGGUACCGGGCCGGGCAGCUUCGGUGGCGGGGGUGGGGGUGGAGGUGCCGGAGACACAGCCCCCGACAAUCGGCCGCUGCUGCUGACCGAGCAGGAGGAGGACGGCGAACAGAACGUUUAGUGGCGGUGGGAGAGCGGCAGUUAGGCAAGCAAGCAGGCAAAAAGCCAACAGAAAUCAACGAAACCCAUUUCGUGACCACACACAUACACACACACACACUCACACACACAGACACUAUCGAAGCAAUAUGGAGCAGCCACAGAUACUUACCGAAGCGCAUGAGGUGUCACGGACAACCACCCUCCUCCUCCCCACACCCGUGUGUGUUCCAAAACACGGAACGCAAGCAGCGACAAUGGCCUUAGGCAUGUUAACAUCUUGUCAUCAUAUGGUAUAGAGAGGGAGAUACUUAUAUUAAAUCCUUAUUUGUUCCAUGAGGUGUAAGGCAUAUGCACUAUGCCAAUUCUUCUAAAAUUCCUGUACUAUACGCACGCUGCAGAUCUACUGUCGGGAAUGGUUUGUCAGCUAUGGUAACUGUAUCGGUGCCAUACUCUAAUUUUGUUCCGAAUCCGGCACAAGUCCAGGUGCAGUUCCGAAUCCGGAACAGGUCCAGACACAGUUCCAGAAAAGGAAUCAAAUCGGGAGCUAUUUCAGGGCCAGUAUGAGUUCAGCAUUAGUUCAAGGAUCGGCAUGGGUUCAUGAUCAGUUCCAGAACCGGUAUGGGUUCAAGAUCAGUUCCAGGACCAGUAUAGGCUUAAAAUAGGUUCCAGGACCGGUAUGGACUCGAACUAGGUUCUAGGGCAGAUAUGGGUUCAUAAUCUGUUCCAGGUUCGGUAUGGGUUCAUGAUAGGUUCCACUGCAAGAAUGGGUUCAUGCUCGGUAUCAGAACCUGUAUGGGUUCAUGAUCGGUAUAGGUUUAUUAUCAAUUCCAGGACAGCUAUGGGUUUACGCUCGGUUCCAGAGGCGGUUUGCCUACAUCAUUGGUUCCAGGGCAGGAACAGGUUCAUGAUCGAUUUCAGGACAGUUAUUGCUUCAUGAUCGGUUCCAGGACCGGUAUGGACUUAUGAUAAGUUCCAUGACAGGUAUAGGUUCAUGAUCCGUUCCAUGGCAGGUAUGGAUUAAUGAAAGGUUCGAGGACCGGUAUGGAUUCAUGAUCGAUUUCAGUACAGUUAUUGCUUCAUGAUCGGUUCCAGGACCGGUAUGGGUUCAUAAUCAGUUCCAGUGCCGGAAUGCGUUCAUGCUCGGUACCAGAACCUGUAUGAAUUCAUGCUCAGUUCAAAGGCCGGUAUGGGUUCAUCGUCAAUCCUAGGAUCGGUAUGGAUUCAAGAGCGAUUCCAAGACCGAUAUAGGUUCGUGAUCAGUUCGAGGGCCAGUAUGGGCUCAAGAACGAUCCAGGAUCGGUAUGGAUUUAUGAUCAGUUUCAGCACCGAUAUGGAAACAUGAUCGGUUCCAGGACCGGUAUGGAUUCAUGUUCGGUACCAGAACCGAUAUAAACUCAAUAGCAACUCCUAGGCUAGUAUGGGUUUAUGAACAGUUCCAGGGCCGUUAUGGGUUCGUAAAAUAUUCCUGGUUCGAUAUGGGUUCAUCAUCGGUUCCAGGACCGGUAUAAGCUUAUGAUAGAUUCUAGGACCGGUAUGGGUUCAUGAUACGUUCCAGGACCGUAAUGGCUUCAUGGUUGGUUCCAAAGAUGGUAUGGGUUCAAUGUACAAUACUCGGUACCAGAACCGGUAUGAACUCGGAACAACUCCUGGACUAGGUAUGCGCUCAGUAUAUCUUCAAGUACUAAUAUGGGUACAAUCGUACAAUUUUGUUUGAAGUGAUUAGUUUUGGUGGUUUGGAAGUAAUUGGUUCGACCAAAGGGAAAUCUAUUUAUUUUGCAGUUCCCAAUUGAUGUAUCAGCAAUCAGCAAAAUUUGCUCAAAGAACAGUCAAAUGUAUUUCACCAACGUCAUUUUUCUUUCCUUUUCUUAUCAUGUUGCAAAACGUCACAAUAAUAUGCCUUACCUCAUAGAAGAAAUUUAGAUUUAAAAUCAGUAAUCUCUCCCGCUAUCACCUAUGGUUUUAAAAGUGUUAAAGAGCUCGAUGGGUGGGUUCUAGCGGGGCAGGGUAUUUGCUUUUGGGACGCGCAGUCUGCGUGGUGGCUUUGCCAUGGGUGUGUGGGUGUGUGUGUGACAAAAACAACACAACAACAACAAAACAAUACAAAACCUACCACUUUGUUCCGGACCAAGCAAGUGUGUUUCGCGUCUGUGGCCGUUCGUAACCUUUACUUUUCAUCCUAUCCUCUCCAUUUCCUUCCCCCUCGCUCCCUCGUGUUUCGCUUGCUACGUUUGUAUUCUUAUAAGUAUUUGUAAAGCAUCAACAAAAAAAAACAAAAAACAAAAAAAACUAAUGCCGGAAACACACACACCAGGACAAUGGCAAAAAAAGGUAACGGACCAUUCCACUCGACUUGAUUGAGAAGUUUCAGAAUGUUGGUAGAAAUUUACUUCUAGUUACGCCGCUUCUUUUCCGCAUUUGAACACUGUUCACACACACACAUACACACACAAAGAACAAUAAGCAUGGGUGGGGGUGCCCGAGAGGGGUGUCAGGGGUAGUUACCAGAGGACAACCAGAAGCAAAAGAAACCCCCAUCUGCACAACUCGAAGCCGUACACUGAUUUAGUGAGAAAAGGAAGGACAGAGAGACAGAGUAGAGAUAAGGAGAUAGGGUUAUAGUAUCUUAGUAUUCAACUCAGUUUCUGCAACGAAAUGCUUUCAUUAACGACACAACCGCAAUACAAUAAAAUAUAGCAAGAAAACAAAAAACUCAAGAAAUGUA